AAAAAAACGUUACAAGUUCCAAAAUGAAGCCUGUUUUAAUUACUGUGACAUUGUUGUUCCUGUUGGGGCAGACCUCAGCAAAAUGCGUAAUGCGAGGGGAGUGCUAUUCGGUGGGAGGGUUCCCACAAAAUUGUCCCGUUGAUGAAGAAGCUCCUCCGCUGGUCAAUGGGCUGUCACCUGAAGACGCUGCAGAAGCUGUUUCUAUAAUCAGACACAGAUGUCCAGAAUUGGCCACAGACGAGAAUGGAGAGCCGAUACCAGACGACCAGAUCCGUGUUUGCUGCGCAUUGGACCAAUUACGCGGGAUGACGGAGAGCUUGCUGUUAGCGGAUGGAGUCCUCGGCCGUUGCCCAAUCUGCUUCCGCAAUUUCGCCCGACAGAUCUGCGAGAUGAACUGCUCACCGGAUCAGUCCCGAUUCGUCACUGUAUAUGAAGGUCUCGGCACGAAUAACACGCGGUACGUUAACGAGGUAGACUACAGAAUGUAUCAGGACUUCAUGGAUGGCGCGCACGCGUCUUGUGCUGGAGUGAUAUUACCUCAAACGGGAACGCCGGCUAUCAAUAUGAUGUGCGGGAACGCACCCGAGUGCACCCCAGAAGCAUGGUUCGGCUUCACAGGCGACAAGAGUCAGAAUCCACUAGCUCCUGUUCAAGUCAAUUUCCUAAAAUGGGAGACGCCUGAAGAUUCGAUGAGUGUGCGAGCGCCUCCAUGCAACGAGACUCUACCAGGAGACCUGCCGUGCAGCUGCGUCGAUUGCUUCAGCACUUGCCCGGUGGGCAACGAGCCAGUCGUCACGGAAUCUUGCACAGUUUUCUUGUCAGUUAACUGUAUUUCUUUUUAUGUCGGCAUUGGGUUCUUCGCACUUGCUAUCUUGAUAUUUGCUACCCUAACUGUAAUAGAAGUAAGAAGAACCUCUAAGCCUUCGCAAUCGUCAGGCGGCAACAGAAUUACUCGUGUCUUCCAAAAUAUCUUCGCUGGCAUUGGUGCAUUCUCAGCGAGUCAUGCCGUUCUCGUACUUAUGCUUACUUCAUGGGUUGGAUUCGGAAUGAUCUUCGGAGUGUUCAACCUCAGACUUACAUCGAACCCUAUCGAACUUUGGUCAGCACCUGAAUCUCGCAGUCGACAGGAGUUGGAAUAUUUUAAUUCAAGAUUCGGACCUUUUUACCGGACUUCGCAAGUGUUCUUGACAGUGAAGUUGGAUCCUUUCACAAUUUUCAAUAAUGCAACAAACUCGAGUAUUACAUAUGGCCCAGCAUUUAGAUUUGAAGCUGUGCAGGAGUUAAUAAAACUAGAGUCCGAUAUAAAGGCCUUGACCGCCGGCAGCGUCACCUUAGAUCAAGUGUGCUACGCUCCUCUUCGUAUGCCAGGCGACAAGUCGGAUAUUGAUCUGUGCGUUACUAUGUCAGUUGCUACUUAUUUCGGUGAAGAUGCCGGUAACAUCAAUAACGUAACGUAUCUUGAUACGAUGAUGGGUUGUAUAAACAACCAUUUUGCUCUGAACUGUAUGGCACCGUGGGGAGGAGGCUCAGAACCGGAGCUCUCUUUAGGAGGGUUUGAAGACAAUAAUGUGCUCAGUGCAACUACUUUGACUAUCAAUUUGCCUUUGAGCAAUUUUCUUUUAGAAGACGAUCUCGUACCUGUAUUAGAGUGGGAGCAAAGGUUUUUAGACUUUAUGCAUGCAUAUGAGGCGAACUCGAAGCCAGACUUUAUUGAAUUGGCUUUUGCUGCGGAGCGAUCAAUAGAAGAUGAGAUAAUACGCGUUUCGGUGGCCGAGGCUGUGCCAAUUGCAAUCAGUUACAUAAUAAUGUUUGUCUAUGUCAUAUUUGCAUUAGGACACAAAAGGUCUUUUAGGACGUGGCUAGUCGACAGCAAAGUUUUAGUAGCAAUUGGUAGUAUUUUAGUUGUAGUCACGUCGAUUUUCUGUGCGAUGGGAAUGAUGGGUUAUCUUCAAAUCACUGCUACUUUAUUAGCAAUCAACGUGAUACCAUUUUUCAUACUUUCAAUUGGUAUCGAUAACGUUUUCCUUAUGAUAAAUACUUUGCACGAAAUAGAAAGUAAUUUAAAGAGCUAUGACGAUUAUAAUGAAAAUUUUGAUUUCGAAAUGAAAAGAAAAUUCGUGUUUUCGAAAAUGAUGGGCACAGUUGGGCCCUCAAUUUUCGUUUCUUCGGUGACACAAAUUACUUGUUUCGCAAUUGGUUCUCUCGCUAAUUUCCCUGCUGUUGUAACGUUCGCUAUUUUCGCUAGUUUUUCUUUAGCUUUCUUGUUCGUUUUUCAAAUUACUACUGUCGUAGCUAUAGUAUCACUUGACUACAAAAGAGUCUCACAAAAACGCUUAGAUGUUUUAUUUUGCGUUCAAAAGAAGGUUUUGGAUGACACUGAUCCUCUCCACUCUGAAACACCUCAUCAAGGUGUGACCAAGAGGCUGAUGGAACCAUAUGCCAAUAUUCUGCUGAAACCGAGCAUAAAAAUAGUAGUGGUAAUAUUUUUUGUUGCUCUCACAUCAGUAAGCAUAAUUCUGAUUCCCAGUAUAGAAAUAGGAUUGGACCAAGAAAUGGCUUUGCCUACUGAUUCGUACGUCUAUCGUUAUUUGCAGGCUGUCGCUGAACUAUUGCAAUUCGGACCUCCAGUCUAUUUCGUCUUGAAAGGUGGACUUAACUUCACCAAUGUUGAGCACCAGAAUGCAAUCUGUGGCGGCCGACUUUGCAACGAGACAUCUCUCAUAACACAGAUCUUUUUAGCUUCUUUACACAGUGAUAUAACGUACGUUGCGAGAAGUUCAAAUUCUUGGAUUGACGAUUUCAUCGAUUGGACCGGUUUGCCCGGUGCUUGCUGUAAAUACAACACUACGGAUGGCAGCUUUUGUAGCAGUAUGGACCAAUCUGCAGAGUGUCAGUUCUGCGAAAUAAGUAGAGACGAAUGGGCCGGUGGCUUGCGACCCUCGGCCGAAGCUUUUGAAAAGUACAUUCCAUUCUUCUUGCGUGACACUCCUAACGAACAGUGUAACAGGGGAGGUUUAGCUAGUUACUUCAGCGCUGUGAACUAUCUGCUAGAUUCAGAAGGACGAGCGACUGUCCACGAUACAAAUUUCAUGGCAUAUCAUAAUGCUUUAGCGUCUUCGCAAGAUUACAUAACCGCUGUCAAGUACGGCUACGAGAUUAGUGCUAAUAUUUCGACAGGAAUCAAAGAGUUGAUAGGCGUAGAAGUCGAAGUUUUCCCUUACUCCAUCUUUUACGUGUUUUACGAGCAGUAUUUGACUAUGUGGUGGGAUACUUUUGCUUCUAUAGGAUACUGUUUGAUAGGAGCCGUCGUUUUCAAUUUGGUAGCAUCAGGAUUUAACUUCUUGACGACUUUUGCUGUGAUGUUCACCGCGAUCAUGGUUGUGAUCAACAUGAUGGGCGUAAUGUUCAUAUGGAACAUCCCUCUGAAUGCUGUGUCGUGUGUGAACCUCAUCGUCUCUAUAGGAAUUGCUGUAGAGUUCUGUAGUCAUAUCGCCUAUGCCUACUCUACGAGUACUGAACCCUCGGAUGAGAGAAUCAAAGAUGCUUUGAAAAGAGUAGGAUCCACGAUCAUCACUGGAAUCACGUUUACCAACAUCCCGAUCAUAGUUUUAGCAUUCUCGUAUACGCAAAUCAUUGAGGUAUUCUUCUUCAGAAUGUUCUUCAGUGUGGUUAUUCUUGGUUUCACGCACGGAAUGAUAUUCUUCCCAGUAUUUUUAUGCUACUUAAAUAACUUGACCUGCCGCCGUUCAUAGUGUUAGCUCUACGUGAUUUCAGACAGAUCUUGAAGGCUAUUUAUGUUUUAUUUGUUAAGAAUUCAGUGCUUAAAUAAAUAGCCAAUAAUGAUAUUAUACCGUUUAAAAUAAGAAAUACGAUUUUAGUCAUAAGUGUAACAAUAUAGGUAUUUAAGUAUAAUAAUAGCAAUUGUUAAUAAUAGGAUCGAAUAUAUCAAUUAUAGAAAGGGUCCACUUGUAAAUAUUAGUAAAUAAAAACGAUUUCAUAACGAA